AUGUCGACGAUCUUGCGCCCGAGCUCGAAAGACAAAAACCCUUCUGUUGCCGGCGAUCAUCACCAAGGUCGCAAGCACUCUGAGCCCGAGUCUGAACUCACGAGAAUGAAAUCCACAAUGGUCACCAAGAAUAUUCAGCGAAAGAAAGAUAUUGUGGAUGACAUGACUCAUAUAGUGGGAAACAAAAUCACUGAGGGCCACCAGAACUUUGUUAUGGCUUACAAUAUGCUCACUGGUAUCAGAGUCGCUGUGUCUCGUUGCUCGGGAGUAAUGAGAAAACUCAACGAUGCCGAUUUCCGGGCUACCAAAAAGCUUUCUUUCGAUAUGGAUGGGACGGAACUCACGCCUUCCUCAAAGUAUGAUUUUAAGUUCAAAGACUACUCUCCUGAAGUCUUUCGUGAAUUGAGAUCUCUCUUUGGGAUUGACCCGGCCGACUAUUUAAUGUCCAUCACAGGAAAGUACAUUCUUUCGGAGCUAGGCUCUUCAGGCAAGAGCGGCUCGUUCUUUUACUACUCCAGAGAUUACCGUUUUAUCAUCAAGACAAUUCAUCAUUCUGAACACAAGCAACUACGCCGAAUACUACAUGAAUAUUAUCAUCACGUCAAGAACAAUCCCAAUACUAUGGUGAGUCAAUUUUAUGGUUUGCAUCGUUUGAAAGUUAAGGGCGGAAUCAAAAGGGUUCACUUUUUAGUCAUGAACAACCUCUUUCCCCCUCAUCGAGAUAUUCACGUCAAAUAUGAUCUCAAAGGUUCUACGUGGGGUAGAUAUACCAAAAUACCAGAGACUUCCGGAAAUGAGGAUCUUUCAUCUCACACUCUCAAAGACCUUAACUGGCUUCAAAGAAAAGACCGCAUCAAAUUUGGUCCGGAGAAGAAAAGAAUAUUCCUUGAACAACUCGAGGCUGAUGUAAAGCUCUUGAAGAAAAUCAAUGUCAUGGACUAUUCCUUACUUCUAGGGAUACAUGAUGUGAAAAAAGGCAAUUCCGAAACAGUUGCCAAAUUGACAGUAUUUGAUCCCAAGUCCAAUUUGAAAGCAGAAGUCUUCAAAACAAAUCCCAGAGGAAUAGACCGACAGAAUGAUCUACCGUCUGACGUGUUUCCAGGAAGAUCGAAAUACAUAUUUUACGGCCACAACGGCGGAAUCCGUGCUACAAAUGAGAGCAAUGAGCCUGUUUCCGAGAUUUACUAUUUGGGCAUCAUUGAUUGCUUGACAAAUUACUCUUUUAAAAAGAAACUCGAAACAGCAUGGAGGUCCAUCACUCAGUCAAGGAGCACUAUAUCGGCGGUUCCAGCUCGUGAGUACGGCGACAGAUUCAUUCAAUUUAUAAAAGACGGCAUCUCAGAUGUAAAAGUGAAGAUCGACUAG